CGUCGGGCUUAUUCCUGGAAAUACAAGUGAUAAAACACUGGGCUAUCUCGGAGAUGACUGACAAAGAGUCGCCUGCAGCUGCGGGGCAAGAUAAUUUAUCAGGAGAGCGAUACUUUAACAGCACGUCCUUGCCCGGGGCUGGGUGUAAGAUCGUCUGCCCCCGGCCAGAAAUCCUGCUCUUGGGAAGGCUGGGAAUCAGGGAAGUGAGGAGAGAACGAAGGUGCUUCCAGGGACAGCGCUUGCCAUCCCGUCCCGGCCUCUUGCCGCACAGGACACCCUCACUCUGUAGACUGAGGCUUUAAAAUGCUUGGUAACCUUCCUUGCGUGUCAUUGGAGGGGCACAGAGGGGUUAAGUAUGGUAUUUACACUAUCUCUAGAAAAAGUCUGUCUUUUGCUUGAUAAGCUUUCUCUUCUGUUCAUCUGCAGAAGAGAUUGUUAGCCUUGCCUGUUAAAAAAAUGAUGCCGUUGGCAUGGGAAGGGGUGCGUCUUUUGUCCAGUGUAAUUCCUUAUAGUCUCCAAAAUACUGUUUGCCAUCCGAGCCUUUCUUAAUACACAAAAAUGAAUAUAGGCAGGGAGGAAAUACAAUUGUAAAUGUUCUUUUUGUUUAAGGCUUAAAACUCACUCUUCCACAAAUCUCUUGCUCUGGCUCCUGGCGCUCUCUGAGAGCACGCUGAAUAAAGUGAAAUUCAUGUCUGAGGAGCAGUCAUCAGGGCAGGAUGGAGAGCUUGGGCCUGCAAGCAGUGACCCUUAGUGACGGGACGACAGCCUACAUUCAGCAGGCUGUCAAAGGUGAAAAACUAAUUGAAGGGCAAGUCAUUGAACUUGAAGAUGGGACCACAGCUUAUAUCCAUCAGGUGACUGUUCAGAAAGAGUCUGUAGCUUUUGAGGAUGGGCAGCCGGUGGUGUUGGAAGAUGGUAGUAUGGCGUACAUACACAACACACCUAAAGAGAGUUACAACUCCAGCACCUUCGAGGCAGUCCAGCUGGAGGAUGGCUCCACUGCCUACAUACAUCGUCCCGUCAUCAUGCCUCCUGGCAGCACCAUCCUGGCAGUGCAUGCAGAAUCUGGGCUGGAGGAGUUGGCUGGAGAGGAGGAAGAUGAUGCCUUUGAUGCUGAGACCAUUAAUGCAUUAAAGCAGUAUGCCAGCAAGGUAUGUGAUGAGGAAGAGGAGGGAGUAACAAACACCUGCCAUAUGAAGAGUGAGGAUUCCAGUGACAUCCCUUCCCAGGAUUUGCAAGAAGAAGUGCACAGCAAUGAGAAGGGGCAUCAGGCUGGCAGUAGAGCUUUCCGUUGUGGGUACAAAGGCUGUGGCCGCCUCUAUACCACAGCUCACCAUUUAAAGGUGCAUGAACGUGCUCACACAGGUGAUCGGCCAUAUACAUGUGACUUCCCAAGCUGUGGGAAAGCAUUUGCUACAGGGUAUGGGCUGAAGAGCCAUGUGAGAACACAUACUGGUGAAAAACCUUACAAGUGUCCAGAAGACUUGUGUAGCAAAGCCUUCAAAACUUCCGGGGAUCUACAGAAACACAUCCGGACACACACAGGGGAGCGUCCCUUCAAGUGCCCAUUUGAGGGCUGUGGCCGCUCUUUUACCACUUCCAACAUCCGCAAAGUUCACAUCCGAACGCAUACAGGCGAGCGACCAUACAUGUGUCCAGAGCCCAACUGCGGAAGGGGCUUCACCAGUGCCACCAAUUACAAGAACCACAUGAGAAUCCACACAGGAGAGAAGCCGUACAUGUGCACUGUGCCAGGCUGCGGAAAGCGCUUCACGGAGUACUCUAGCCUCUACAAGCACCACGUGGUCCACACGCACUGCAAGCCCUACACCUGCAAUAGUUGUGGGAAGACCUACCGUCAGACCUCCACGCUGGCCAUGCACAAGCGCAGCAGCCACGGCGAGCUAGAGGCCACGGAGGAGAGUGAACAGGCCCUCUACGAACAGCAGCAGCUGGAGGCUGCUGUUGCUGCUGAAAGAGGCUCCCCGCUGAAGAGCCAGCAUAUUGCUUUCCUGUCAGAGAUGGAGGAAGAUGAAGACGAAGAGGAAGAUGAUGAUGGUAUACCUACGCAGGUCUCGCUUAUCUCUCAGGAUGGGACACAGCAGGUCAGUCUAUCCCAGGAAGACCUGCAGGCCCUGGGUAACGCAGUCAGCAUGGUGACGCAGAGCAGUGCCCUUGCAGUGCCUGGGGAAGAGCUCACGGGUGAUGGCUCACGCACCAUGACUAUGUUCAACACUGACGGCACCGAGACACAGCCGGUUACAAUAGUCACUUCUGGGGCAGUCACGUCCGAGGAAUUGUCCGUCUCAUCCCCCUGUCAUCAGCAGGUGGCGUUGCUGGCUACUGCCAAUGGCACCCACAUUGCAGUGCAGUUAGAAGAGCAGCAGAGCCUGGAGGAAGCCAUAAGCAUGGCAGCAGCAGCGAUCCAGCAUGAACCCGUAACACUUGACGCAGCUGUGUCUGAGAAUGGGUGCUGAGACCCAGCAGAGCCUCCUGGGCAGGGAGAGCAGGCAGCCCAAGCCUGUUUUCCAUGGGGCAUCGGGAUCUGCAGGAACCAGGCCAGCUGGCGUGCAGAAGAUGUGGUACAUGAGCAAGGAAGGAGUCUGAGUCCAGCUGACUGCGUCCAGUGUAUGCACCACACAGGUGGUGAGAGCAGAUGCGGGCAGUGUUGGGCUACCGAAGUGACCCUGUAUGAAGGGCUCUUCUCUCGAUUGCAGGGAUGUCUGAGAAACUUGGCUGCUGCCUUCUGCUGGAGCUCUGCUGUUUUCCUGGGCUCAGAGCGGUGACUUUUCUGCUCCUUGCCUUGGUGGCUGACUCCCUCUGUCUGAAGGAGAUGGCAGGUUGUGUCUUCUAUUAUUAACUCCUUCAUGGCCAAGACUUCCAGGACCUCCCAGUCUUCUGUGGUAGGCCUGGAGCUACAGUGAUUUCAGCAGUCACUGAGUACAAAAUCUAUUUUGGAGAGGCACUUCCUGCCCUUUCCCUCUAGGAACGGUCCAACAGCUGCCUACCCCCCGUGAGAGGGGCGAGUGGGCAGCGUGUGCACAGAAGCAAUAAAAGUCUCAAAAAGUGAAGCAUCAGAGCAAGUCCAGGCUGUCCUGGGCUCAGUGUUUUGAGCGGCAACCACUUCCUGAUGCGGGAAGUCAGAGUUUCCCCCGGCGCAUACUGAGCGAGCACCCAGGCUGGCUCUACGUGCGCCUGGGCGCGACAGCAGUUCUCCUAUCUCUUUACCACAAUCCUCUCAGCUCUCAAGCAGACUUCCUUGGCAGACUCACUGCUGUGGAGUAGAGGAAAAUGCUCCCUCCAGUGCAGCCAACCAGCCCUUCUUAGGGGCGGAGCUAGACUUGGAUGUAAAUAUUGAGUUGAAAUAAAAACCAAAUUAAUGUCUUCUUU